AUGUCGUCUGAAGAAAAGCGCUCGCCUGCUGCCAGCAGCAACGAAGAGAUCCAAGAGGAGUUCCACUCUGAUGUGCCAGCCAGAUGGUACGACAAACGCCUGGUACCCUUUCUACCGGCUUAUUCCACCGCUACUGUCCAGAUCGUGAUGGUAUCAUUCGUGUGUUUCAUGUGUCCCGGUAUGUUCAAUGCACUUUCAGGAUUGGGUGGUGCAGGUCUAUCUGACCCUACACUUUCAGACAACGCCAACGUCGCGUUGUACUGUACCUUUGCCACAUUGGGAUUUUUUUCAGGAACCAUCUGUAAUUGGAUUGGUGUUCCGGCUACACUUGCCUUUGGUGGCUCAGGAUAUGCCAUCUACGUGGCUUCCCUUUUCUGCUACCAUUACACUGAGAACAGCGGCUUUGUUCUUUUCGCUGGUGCAUGGUUGGGAAUCACUGCGGCAUGUUUGUGGGGUGCCCAGGGAACCAUUCUGAUGUCUUAUCCUGAUGAGAAGAUGAAGGGAAGAAUGUUUGGUAUGUUCUGGACGAUUUUCAACUUGGGAGGUGUUAUUGGUUCGUGUAUCCCACUGGCCCAGAAUAUUCACAGCAAGGGCUCUUCUGUGAACGUUGGGACCUACGCUGCGUUCCUCGCCUUGACCAUUAUUGGAGCCAUUCUUGCGUUUUUCCUGUUGCCAGUCAGAGCCGUCAAGCGUUCGGAUGGCUCCCGUAUCAUUGCGCAGAAGUACCCAAGUUUAAAGACCGAGCUGUUGGAACUGCUCCACAUCCUCGUCAAGGAGCCCUGGAUCAUGUUGUUGUUCCCAAUGUUCUUUUCUUCGAAUUGGUUCAAUUCAUACCAGAUGUCCGACUUCAACGCUGGUAGGUUCAACAUUCGUACCAGAUCCCUCAAUUCUCUGCUCUACUGGUUUAUGCAGAUGGUUGGAUCUACGUGUAUCGGAUUUAUUCUUGAUUUGCCAUACUUCUCCAGAAAGGUGAGAGCCAGAUACGGCUGGGGAAUCGUGUUCUGCAUUACCAUGUUGAUCUGGGGUCUUGGAUACCUCUUUGAGCGCACUUACACCCGCACCAGUGUCCUCGACAUGACUCCAAUUGACUUUAAGGACGGUGCCUACAUUGGCCCAAUGUUCCUGUACAUGUUCUACGGGUUCUAUGAUGCCGUGUGGCAGACCUUCUCUUACUGGACUAUGGGUGCUUUGACUAACAGCUCGCGUAAAGCUGCUGUCUAUGCUGGUUUCUACAAGGGAAUGCAGAGUGCCGGUGCCGCCAUUGCGUGGAGAUUGGAUUCGCUUAAUAAGCCUUACCGUACUAUGUGGGCCUCUUCGUGGGGUAUUCUAUGUGGUUCGCUGGUGUUUGCCAUUCCUGUCAUCUUCUUCCGCAUCAAAGAGACCACCGACCUGGAGUCUGAUCUCUUGGAGUCGGAUGAGACCCUCGCCGACAUCAAGCCCAUCACCUCUGCUGUUUCCAGCUCGCAUCUCGGUCUGGCCAAUGCCUAA